AUGGCGCCGACAUUGGCGCUUAAACGGGCGCUGGGGGGAGGGAUAGCGGGGAAGAAUCAGGGAUUAUUCUCCUGGGGGAGAACGAGGACGUCGUCGAUAUGCCUGUUUUGUUCCUUGUCUACACGACCCCUCACUACUACUACGAGACGACGACCGUUGCCAUUGCGAGAACAGAAUAGCAGAUUGCUAGCCGGCGGCGCACGCAGUUUCCAUACGACUGAGACCUUGAUACCGUCUGCGACACAAAUGCAAGAACAGCAAGCAGUUGAACCACCCCGCGCGAAACUAGCUCGUCUGCUUCGAGAGCUUCAAAUACAGAUCCCCGAAUACGUCAAGAGCGAACGUUUGAACCUCGCCUUGCGCAAUUUGUCGGAGCCACCAGGACAAGAGUCAAUACGUGUUGCGAUACUCAACCCGGCUAGAGAGAAUGGACACGAGAACACAGAGGCUUCAAAAAGUUUAUUACGAGCUGCCCUCGCCGACGAGCUUGGAGAAGAGGCGGCAUGGGAGACACAGCUGGAACGCCACAAUUUGGCAGAGGAACCUUUGAUCGUGCGGGUAAAGGCAUCUGAGAAGGGGACAGCAGCACCGGACACCCAAGUGCCGACAACAUUUCCAGAGAUCACGGCCUACUCACCAACGCUGGGCCGGAAUAACCUCGAGCUGUUGUUGGCAAAGUUCAGGCCGCAAGCAACCAAAACCGCAGAGGAGUUGGAGGCAGAGCUUCUUGUACCUGGCGUACAAACAACCAAGCCCACCGCAGUGAUAUCAACACCGCAAACAACUCUGGUCCCCUCAGCAGUACACAUGACGUUAUUAGUAGGGAAUGGUCUCAGAGGCGCGCUCAACGCUCUCGAACUUGCCAAGUCCAACCCUUCCUCUGUGAUCAAAACCGCAGUAAACCUCAAAUCCGGGACCGCGGUCAAGGAAGAGCUCGAAAUUCAAUCACAAAACUACGCCUAUUCCCCAUCAAAACCCCACGGCCUCCUCGACCCCAACAGCAGUCUCCCCUUCUUCACAGUCGAUUCCUUCGCCGCCAUCGAAGGCCUUGACGCCCUCCGCGCCGGCAGAGCAGAAGUCUUCAGUGAGCUCUGGACAGAAGGUAACGUCAAGCAGAUCCGCGACUGGCUCAGAGCCAACACGGAAGCAACCGAGAAGAUCAAGCCCCCAGUCCAGCACCUCAUCGGGUCUAUUCUUUCCCGAGCUAAAGAGGGCCUUGAACAGCAAGAAAGACAACAGCAACUUUCCCAGCAUAACCAGGCUAAUCUCGUCGAAAUCGAAGCAACUAUCAGGCGCCUCGACCAGGAGAUUGUCUCUUGGGCGCAGUCGGCCCACGAGGAACUGCAGAGUCGGCUUGACUCUGCUUUUUCCAACCACCUCUGGCGCAGCCUUAGUUGGUGGAAACUGUUUUGGAGAGCGGAUGAUGUCACGCUCAACACGUCGGAGCUGGUGACGUCUUAUUUUUUGCCGAGGGCAGAGCAGGAAGUGGUCUACCUAGCUGGUAAAGUCGCUGCUUCAUUUCCCACCAUCAGCCCCGCGAUAAGCUAUCCUGUCGACCCGGAAGAGAAGUUGGUCUCGACACCGGGGCUGACUGCGGUUGAGAUGGAACACCAUGGGAAAUGGCCUGUUCAAAUCACGUCCACGAGACAGUAUCUGCUUGAGACUACGGUCCCUGCCUUGCAGGCGUUGGCGCAGAAGCUGGUCGUCCAAUCGGCUAGCUUGACGGGGUUGAACUCGGUGCUGGCGGGGUUGGUGUACUUCAGUGGGUUUGGGGCGUAUGAGUGUGGUGCUAUUGCUGCGUUGGGGUUGGUGGUGGCGUUGAAGAGGAUGCAGAAGAGGUGGGAUGAGGCGAGGGGGUAUUGGGAGGAGGAAGUGAGGGAGGAGGGGAGGAAGGCGGUGAAGAGGGUGGAGGGGCAGGUGGCGAGGGGGGUGGGAGAUGUUUUGUUUAGGGGGGUGAAGACGGAAAGGGUGGGAGGGGGGAGGGGGGAGAGGGUGAGGGAGGUGUUGGAAGAGGCGGAGGAGGUUUUGAGGAGGUUGUGA